AGUCGGGCGCUGAACCCGCGCUCCGUUCGGUCGCAGCGUCGUAGCCGUACUCUCCGUGUGUUUUCUCUCCGUACAGCUAUCGUUCUCUUCUUAUCUGCCCUUCCGUUAACUCGCGCGCAUGCACGUACGCGAGUGCGCUCGCGGAUAGACAGAUCGGUAUACUUCAACAGAGAGGACGAGUUUGUAUCGGUUCGCGUUCGGUUGCCUUUUCGCCAACCCCUCUUUGUGUGCACCACUGGCAUAUUCGAAGAAUAUAGCUAUACACGUAUAGAAGCAAGAAACUCCGAGGAAGAGAGAGAGAGAGGAGCAAAAGCGAGAAGAAAAAAAGGAUCGGUCGGAUGCCGCUGCGCGAUCGCGGAGCGAAAGUGCCUGGAAGAGAGGAGAGGGAGAUCUCGAAUUUCCGAGGAGGAUCCGGCUGCUGUUGCGGGUGCGGACACGCUGCGACGCGUUUUUUGCCGGAGAAGAAGUAUAGUACUUGCAGUGCUCCGCGGGAAUAGUGGUGCAGCAGUGCACACGUAGAGCAGCCGAGUAUAUACACACACGCACGCACACACACGCGCGCACACAGCGCACACCUCCGGCAUCACCACGGGCGUCUCGCUGUGCGCUCAGCGCUCGGCAACGGUUCUUCCUCUCCCGGACGAUCGGCGAGAUUCAUCUUUCUGCAUGACCUCGGCACAGCAGCAACACCCGCUUCUUCGAUCUUUCGUUUCUCUCCCGAAAGAUGCCAAGCUCCGUCCCAUCAGCAUCACGACGAUGCCCAUCACCAUCAUCAGCAGUAGCGAAGACUUGGCAGAAGCCUCAGCAGCGGCCACUCGACUCCUCGUCGACCGCCGACAACGUUGUGCACCGGUGAACCUCGUCCUUUGAGAGCGACAAAGUGAGAGAGCAGUUUCUCCCCCUCUCGAAAAAGCGGCGAGACAGAAAGGAGCGUCAGCCAGCGCGUCGUCGCGUGUCCUUUGAGCCUUUACCCCCCACGGGAAUCGAGGCCAGUAGCGCAGUAUCCGCGAGCGGCCGAGAGCGAGAGAGCGAGAGAGAGAGAGAGAGAGAGAGAGAGAGAGAGAGAGAGAGAGAGAGAGAGAAGAAGAAGAUGUUGGGCGUGAGCCAGCCGGGCAAUCCACCCUCGAGCCUGCGGCACUCGGCGAGCUUCUCCUGCCUGCAGCGCGGCUCCGGCGACGCGAGCCACCGAGCCCGUACCUCGACCCUGCCCCAGCAGCCCAGUCUCCAGCUGAACAUGCACCAGUACAGCGGAAUGUCGUCCCUGCAGAGCCACCGCCAGCCGACGGCGUCCCAGCAGAUGCCCAAGACCAGCUCGUCGGCGAGGGACUCGGGCAUGGCCACUACCGAUCUCUCCUACAUGGACAACAGCAACGACUAUGGCUUCGUGCGCUCGAGGCCCAGGCUGCGCAGCACCAACGCCAUUCUGCUCAGAGGCAACUCCGGCGAGGAGGACCUCAUGUCCAAGUCCACCUCGUCUUACCUGCCCUCGUCCUCGAGGACCGAUCGCGAGAGCGCGCUGAGCGAUCGGGAGAUCGGCAUGGCCUCGAGCUACCGAGACGUCGGCCACUACCACCACCACCACGGCUCCGACCUGGUGGACAAGUCCUCGGCGAGGCAGCAGCAGCAGGACUCGAAGAACCCGCUCAGGGGCGCCCUCAUCCUCUUCACCGCCUCGACGUCCUCCUGGUGGAAGAGCAAGCAGCGCGAGGAGCUGGCCAACGCGCCGGCCUCCGAGCGCAAGUGGACGAAUGGCGGUAGCGGCAUGCAGGGCUCCGGUGCUAUGGUGACCUCGCCCACCCACGAGCGUAGGUGGCCUGGAAGCACCGCCAACGGCAGCAACGGCAGCCUGGUGUCGCCGAUCAAGGACAACAGCAAGUGGUACGUAAAGUCCAGCGUGCUGACACCGGAUCGUCUGAGCAGCAGCGAUCGCAAGUGGAGCACCCCGGCCUCCUCCACGUCGUCCUCGUCCAACAACAACAACAACAACAACAACAAUAACAACAACCAGGACCGCAAGUGGAGGUCCCUGGGAGCUCUGCUGAGGACACCUGUGGGUGCCGGUGGCUCCAGCAUCCCCAACGGCAACAACGGCUCCAGCCAGUCCAGGUCCAGCCAGACAUCGAUCUACCACAACGCCAGCAUGUCCAUGAUCGAGGACUGCGAGCGAAUCCCUGAGUCGUCCCUCGUCGGCAGCUCGUCCACCCUGGACAACGGCUACUACCGCCGCGGUACCACCGGAGGAAGCAGUUCGCAACCAGCCUCCACGUCCAGGCUCAUGUCCUCCAAAUCCAAUGGGGACUACUCGCUGAGCAACGGCGGCAGGUCGAAGGUCGGCCGCCGGCUGUUCCAGCAGCAGGAGGACGCCGACGAGGAGGCGGCCAAGGACCAGGACGUCGCCAGGUCGGCGCGAGCCCAGAGCUUCUACCUGCUCGACGACUUCCUGCGGCCGCAGCCCCAGAACAACGGCAGCAGCGCUGCGGCGGCUAACGGCGGCAGCACCGGCUCGAAGAACUCGAUCGACCUCUACCUGUCCUCGCCGUAUGCCCGAGCCACGGCGAACGAGCGAACCGGUUCCGGCGGACAGCUCGCCACGAGCACGCUGUCCUCGACAGCCGGUGCCGGAAGUGUCGUCAACGGCAAUCGAAGCAUGGUAACGAACAUCACGCCUCCGAGGAGGCACAACUCGAGCUCGGACAGUCUGGAGGUGGCGACGAGCCCACUGCCCCCACCGGUACCACCGCCACCCCCGCAGAUCAGCAGCACCAGAGACAGAGAGAAGACCGAGAGGGAGUGGGCUGAGAGUCAGCGAGAGAAGGACCUGUGCAGGUGCAGGAUGUGCUGGACCGCAAUUCAGCAGAGAUCUCUGCACGAGGAGAGUCCCGGGACGCUACACAAAGAUGUCGGCGGAGGGACGAAAGUUAGUGUCAAAUCAGUCGGUGGAGUCGGCUCCGCGACCCUCACAUCCCUCUCGUCGAUCACCAACGCGAGCAACGUCAGCAGGAACAAAAACACCCCCAUAUCGCACCGUGAGGUACUGUUGCCUUCCCUCGGGAACUCGAAAACAUCGUCGCGGGUGGAUAGAUCCGACAACAAUAACGCCAACAACACGAAUGCGAACAACAUCCACCUGCCGAUACACGACCCGUUCAACACCAACUCGCACACCGACGGAUAUGGUCUACGAUUACCAAUGACUCCGGAACAGGCGACCAAGUACUACGGCUCGAAGCUCACGGAAUUCGAGCGAGCCGAGAUCGAAAAGUACUCGGAGAUCUGGUACCUAGGACUGUCCGCAUGUAAAAUUCACGGGGAGGAAGGCGCCUCCCAGAACGGAGGCUACGACGAUGAUAAUGGUAGCUACAACAAGGUCCUCCACGAUCAUAUCUCCUACAGAUAUGAAAUCCUGGAGGUUAUCGGAAAAGGCAGCUUCGGUCAAGUGAUCAGGGCGUUAGAUCACAAGACCGGUCAGCACAUCGCUAUCAAGAUCAUAAGGAACAAGAAGAGAUUCCAUCAUCAGGCCCUCAUCGAAGUCAAGAUUUUGGAUCAUCUCAGGAAAAAGGACCUGCAGGCCAACUCGUCCCACAAUGUGAUACACAUGCUGGAGUACUUCUACUUCAGGAAUCACCUGUGCAUUAGUUUCGAGCUGAUGAGCUUGAACUUGUACGAGCUCAUAAAGAAAAACAAUUACCAAGGCUUUAGUUUAAGUCUCAUCCGAAGGUUCGCCAACUCGCUGGUCAAUUGUCUCAGGCUGCUCCAUCGAGAGAACAUCAUUCACUGCGAUCUGAAACCCGAAAAUGUAUUGCUGAAGCAGCGCGGCAGCAGCUCGAUCAAGGUGAUAGACUUUGGCUCGUCAUGCUACAGCCACCAGCGCGUCUACACGUACAUCCAGUCGAGGUUCUAUCGCAGCCCCGAGGUCAUCCUCGGGCUGCCCUACGGCACGCCCAUCGACAUGUGGUCCCUCGGUUGCAUCCUCGCGGAGCUCUACACCGGCUACCCGCUCUUCCCUGGCGAGAACGAGGUCGAACAACUCGCCUGCAUCAUGGAAGUGCUCGGCAGGCCCCCAGACCAGCUCAUCAAUCACGCAUCCCGUCGCAGGCUCUUCUUCGAUUCUAAGGGAAUCCCUCGUUGCGUGACCAACAGUAAGGGCAAAAAGAGAAGGCCUGGAAGCAAGAACGUCAUGAUAGCACUGAGGUGUCGGGACCCACUUUUCGUCGAUUUCGUCAGUCGGUGCCUCGAAUGGGACUCGAAGAAGCGAAUGACCCCCGAAGAGGCGAUGCGCCACGAGUGGUUGACCUCCUCGUCCUCGUCGCACCUGUCAUCCUCCUCGUCGACGAUGGCCUCCUCGAUUACAGGCAGUACAGCUCUGACCAGCAGCGGCGGUGUCACCGAGUCCAGCCAGCCAGUUCAUGGCCAGACAGCGGUAUCCUGCGGUGCCACGAGCGUCUCUGCAAGCGUCGGCGUCGUGCAGAGUGUCACCUCAACGGCAGCCGCGCGUCGACGCGCCGAAACCAUGGAGGAUCCACAGCAGCAGUACGCCCUGUACCGAUUGUACCGGGGCCGCAAGUGCGUCUCAAAGAUCACGGCGAUAGACGCACCGGACGGCUCAGGCCUCGUCGUCAAGAGCAAGCUCAACGGCAGCGCAAGCAGCCACGCCCUCACCGCCGGUACUCAGCCUGCCAGCUCGAGGCAUGCCUCCACCGGCGACAUCGUCACCAGUCUCGACCCCAGCCUCGACGAUUCGGGCACGUUUCUACCGCACAUCUUGUCUUGAAGCCGGGUGCGAGCUAGCCAUUUCUAAAUAACGCGCGUCGUCGUCGUGUUAUACGCUUUUUCUUUCCGGGGAGCUACCGCGCUCUAUUGGUCUUCGUGAGAGCUGGGGAAAUCGUCGGGCAAUACUUGUUUCGAGAUCCCAGUGUGUUUGUAUCGUUGCGUUUUGUUUUCGGUUUCUUUCAAAGAGAAGAACGCGCAAAUGGCGCGGAAUCUGGGUGGGAGCCGGAAUUGCGGGCGUGUUUCAGAAGACUGUUCUAAAGGGCCAAUAAACUUUACGUAUUCUGAUUUGUAAUGUUAUAAAAAAGUAAACAAGGCUUACAAGAGUAACCGUAAUGAACACUUUUUAAAACGAAAUAUAACGCGCGAGGUUAUAUCGUUAACCACUGCAACAACAAAAAAAGAAACACUUUUUAUCAUCGCGGAGAAAACAAAGUAAAAUAAUAUGUAAAACGGCACGAAAAAUAUGAAUUCUUCUGUAUGACUUUGUACCGACAAUAAUUUUUGAAUCGGCCAAAUUGAGAGAAAACACACGUGAUAUAAUACUCAAAGCAUAGUCGCGUUCAAGGGAAACAAAUGAGCGUGAGAGAGGAAAAACAUAAUGAGAUUCCUAGCAAGGGAGGACAUUAGCAAGAAAUGGCUGGCUUGAAGAUAUCGUCUAAUCGAAACAUUUAUAGCCAUGACCCAACGAAAAAUAAUGGUCGAUAUAUAACAUAAAAUUGUAAAACUCGUAGCUAGACUAAUUGACUUUGACUGGAGUGUUACGAUAAUCGUAAAAUGAAAAUUGUCUUUCGUUUUCACAACUUAUAGCCAAGUUUGUUGUGUAAUUUUAUAAAUGUAAGUUAUUGUGAUCGAUCGACAUAUUCGAAAACACUAGCUUGACGAAAGGGAUCGACACGACAUGUGUAAUAUCGCUCGGUUGACGAAGAAAGCGAGCGAUAAGAGAAUCGAUAAACCAGAACGAAAACGAAAGAAGAAAACAGAGGGUUAACGCGUUUAUAGUGAAAAUAAUAAAAGCAUCAGUCUUUUCUUCGAUGGCUUCGAAAACCAAUAUACGUCGUAAAAAAAGAUUACGCAGAUUAUCCUUCUUAAUCGGCGUGACCCCGUUUUUCACGAGGCCUGAGUAGUCUUAUUGUGAUAUUAAACUACCACUGUCUUACUUGGAUCUCUGAUAAUUGAGAAUAUAGUGUCGUCUAAUUAAUGAUAGUUUCAUUAAUAUUACUUUUAGAUAUUACUAUGAUUAUUGAUUAUUAUUAUUAUAAUUAUGAGUAUGUAUAAUUACAUAUAUAUACAUAUAUAAAUAUUAUUUUGUUAUGCUUUUGAGCAUGGCUACUGCCAGCACUACGACUGUAAUAAUUAGACUUCAUGUUUCAAAUGACAUUGACUAGAGAUCGAUGAUGCUAUAUCGAAUAAAUAUAACGAUUAGCACAAGUAAGCUCGAUUGUACAAUGUGUAAUCGAUCCAGGGUACACGCGUCAAAGCUUGUUGCGCAUCAUGUCACAAUUUAUAGAUUUUUAGUAGCUCGCAGAAGCUUUACGCUCCAAUAUAAUUAUGAUUACAGUCUUUUUAUUUUCAAUUGUAACGUUAGACAUAAUUUUAGACUUACUAUCGCCUCCUUCCUCUUUGUCUCGUAUGAAAAACAAACAAAAAAAUUAAAAAAAAAAGCAAAAAAAAAUACAAGAAAUGUUGUUUGCGUGUAUAUACUUUUAUCGCUAAUGUAACCCGUCUCAACGCUUGCGCUGCAUGCAUUUUAAAAUAUGUAUCGAGAUUUUUUGAUACGAAAAUAUUGUACGCAAAACGUUAACGCAAAUGUAAAAUUUUAAAUACUUGUCCAAAUUAAAAGCAUAGACUUAUUUAACUCGUCUAAACUACAAAUUUUCAUGAUUUUAAUUGUUUCUUGAGCCAAAGACUUGAGAAGCUUGGCAAUAAUCCAUUGGAUGUUUGUGUAUCGUAAAUGCUGUGCUCGCGUUUAAGGAAACAAAGUUGACAACGAAGGGAAAAUCCUAAAUAACUUCCAUAUAACAAAAAAUAAAAAUACAUGUGUAUUUAUGCGUUUACAGCAUGGAGGCUCUCUCUUUUUCGAACAUUGAUGUGUAAAUAAUUGCCAAUAUCAAAAUGUAGAGGAAAAAACAGUAACACACUCCUAUGCAGACCACGUGUGACAAGACUGAAAGAUGUUACAUAUAAAAAAUUAUCAUUUGUCAACCCCAUUUUAAUGAAUAAAGAUGUAGAAAAAUUCAUUUGCUCAUCAUUUUAUCAUGACAAAAGUAUAAAAGACGAGUCAAUCUUUUCGGUGAAUUUAGAAGAAAGAUUUAAAUUAACCUAUUGCAUCGUUUCACGCUGUAAUGAUUCAACAAUACUCUGUGAAGCCUACCAUUAAAACAUUAUUUUUUCACUGCCGCUGCGAUAUCCUGCGAGAUGGCAACCAAACCAAUGACAUGUACCAAUCAAACGUGCAUUGUAGUUUGCUGUUUGCAUGGGAAAUCACAUUUUUACGAGCGAUAGUAGUCAAAUGUAUCAAUUAAUCGACUGUAAAACGAAAUAAUGUGAGUGAUUCUGUUUUUCAAAUACUAAUGAGUAGCUGUACAUUGUACGUAAUUAAAAGAAAAUCAAGAAUGUAUUAUAGUAUAAAGUAAGUUUUUCGUAAUUUAUCGGAUAUUAUUUUUUGCUGUUUUCAUGUAUACCAAUUUGAAAUUCCACAGGAAAUAUUCGUGUGAAAAUUAUGCUUCGAGUGAAUAAUGUAAAUUUGUUUCCGAUUUUAAAAGCCUCCUCAAGCUUGUUGGAAAUAAUGUGAGAAAGAAUAAUUUAACCGAAGUUGACCAAGUUUUGUACAUGUGCUUUAUCAAAUUAAAAUGUUUCGUCGUGCUUACUGAUAAAAGACCUCAAUUGUUCAUAGAAGUGAGUGCAAUAUCAAAUAAGAAAUUAGCAUCGCUUGUUCAAAAGAUUUAUAAAUUUGAAAAUUAUUAAUGUUUAUUGUACAAUUGCAUGAAUCCAAAAGAUAUACGGAAGCAAUAGAAUAGUGAUAAAUGCGAAUAAAAGUUGUAUAGAAAACACGUUCUCUUUGUCUUUAUUUGUUAAAGGACUUAGCGCGAUUAUAAGCUGCUCAGUAAGAGGGCAUUUUUUACAUUUGUGCAAUUCGCUAUGUAAUAAUAAUUGAUAUCGCAAGGCAUAAAUAUUGUUCAUCAGUGUAUAUCUCUUUGUGACAAGAAGCUGGAAAUUUUUUAUAAAUUAAGCGUAAUCAAAUUGUUAAUAAGGACAAAACAAUAUUAAUGACCUGAACGAAAUUUUUUGACGAAUAAAUAUAACAAUUGUUCUAAUCUAUUGCUCUUGGCUGAAAAUUGAUUUAAUGCAUUUCGAGUACAAUCAAAAUUGUUUAGUUUGCGCCGAACCGAGGAAGCUCCAGUUUGUUGCCGACGCCUCUUAAUUAUCCACAUCUUAAAAACUGUCAAUGCUAUACAUGUAGAGUACGACCAUUAGAUUCGUUUUUUUCUCUCUACGAACAAAGUGCUGAGUUUCUAAUUUCGUAAAAAGUCGUGUUUAGAUUGAAAAUUCUACAAGUAGCCCUAUAGGACAAUCAAGGCAUGUUUUUUCAGCAGAGUGUGUUUUUUAGAUUCUUAUAUGUGUACAAUAAUCCUCACAGACAGACACACGGCAAACAUUGAUUUCAAGCUUUGAAAGUAACGUGCGCUUUAUGCAUACAUAGAUUAAUGAUCCAGUAAGGCAUCGUUGGUCGCGAGGAGGUCACGAAGACGUUUUAGCGGAUGGCAAGAUUUUUUCCAAGUGAGCUCUAUGUACUAAUUAUACAAUGUGUACAUUAAAUAUACAAUUGCUAACGUAUGUAUCACGAACUCUCGAUAUAAUAAUGACGAAAUCGACGAGCAAAGACUCGUGGAACAUCUAUAUAAGUAGAAUAAGCGUAUGAGAGUGCGUUUGUGCGAGCAAAUCAUUAUGAAAGUGCAUUUUGUGAUUCGUAUAAAACAAACACAACAACAACCACAACCACAAAUAUAGCUAUAAUUAAUCCCCUCGAUGAAAAAAGCCGAUUUCGCGCGAGCGCGGAGUCGACGAUAUCUGCCUGACAUUAUAAUAGUAUGAGAACAGCCUCGAAAUAGAUUAAUGGUUUGUAACUUAGAGAACCGUUGCGCAUAAUGUUAAUCGAGCCUAAUGAUCGCAUAUAUAAUUACAUGUAGUAAGUACUCGUCGAGUGAGAGAGGUGGGGAAAAACCCCGCGAGAUGCGAUGCGAGAGGCGACUUGACACGAACGAAAGGAGUAUGCAUGAAUGCAAUUCGUGCAUUAUAAGUAAAAUAUACUUAGGGGAUGAACAAGAGAACAAAAUAAAAAGUGUGCGCAAGUAAAUAAUUCAAGUAUAUAAGCGAUUUACAAGAAUAACGACAUGUGAAAAUUAUAUAAUUAAUAUUAAAUCCCAACUAAAGCAUCAUCACCUUUUGUAUCAUUUGUCCGUUUGUUUCUACCUUGCUGCGUUUGUCUUUCAUUAUUAAUGUAAAACCAAGAUUGAUCGGCCUCGAGCGAAUCUUGUGUGUACAUAUAAUAAUAAAUAUUAUACAUAUUGAGAAAA